AGAUUCCACUACCACAUUAGGCAAGCCAAGAGCUUCCACCAUUUGCAUAAUUCUCCCAAACGCUUCCCCUUCCGCCAUAGCCGAACCACUCAGAGGAAAACCUUCCACUGCCACCGCCUCUCCAGACUGGUCCUGAAUCAGAUAACCCGCUGCAGUUUUGCCAUUGCCCCUAGCUACCGCCCAGUUGAGCUUCACCUGAGACGGCCCUGGCUUAUCCCAGCUGAUAACUCUUGGUCUGCUCCUUCCAAACGAGUUAGUAUGCUUUCCACAAACACCACACAAUUACUCCUGGCAGUACAACAGAAAACGCAUUUGAGAAGAAGCCCCAAAUAGCUUGGGCAAAAGGACCGUUCAACAGAAUAUGAUCACGGCUAAUUUCUGCAUUUUUGCAAAAAGGACAUCUGGUGGGGGGGACCCCUAAAUAUUUGAUGGGAAGGUCAGCUUCUCUCAUUCCCAGAAGAUUAGAAAUCAAACCAGCUCUUGCUUUUCUGCCACACAAAAAGGAGCUUUUUUGCAGAUUAAUGGACUGCCCAGAAGCUAUUUGAAACUAAGCUUGGAAUGAAGUGUAGGAUAUCUGUAGAUGAGACAGGCUGGGAGACAGAGUAAAGUUUGGUGUAAUAAUCAAUGGCAGCCUUCCCAAUAUCAGUAUUUUCUUUCCAGGUUAAGCUUGGUGAUAAGGAGAGCUUUAUGAUGGUUCCACAUUUCUCUGUUAAUUGCAGAAGGAUCUUCCAUGAAAUUCUUUUCAGCUUGCAUCACAAGGUACAUGAUUUUGGAGAAGCUGCUUCAGACUAUCUCUAUCAAGCUCAUCUUGUUGAGGUGGAACCUGCAAUCCUCCAGAGGCCGGGGGUUCCUCAUGAAAGACUUCCUCAGUGUCUGUCUCAACAUCACUCUGAAUGUUAUGUAUAUUAGAUGUAGAUGGUUGAUUAACAACCAUUAAAUCUGUGCAGUUAUUUAUUCUUCGGCUAUCCCUGGGUUUCUGAGAAGCAUGUGAAAUAAUUGAUUUUCCUUUCUCCUGUGCUGUGAACUUAGUAUGUUUAGCCUGAUCAUUCCUGAUCUCCUUACUUUUUUCCACCCAAGUCUCUUUAGUAGCCUGGUCUACCAAGAUGAUGCCUUGAUUCUGUUUGGGGCAUUUGGCUUGGGAGUGACCCAAAUGCAAACAGAAAGAGCAGUAUUCAGGCAUGUACUCAUAUAAUGUACUCAUAUAAAACAGGCUGCACAAAUCCAGUCUUGCCACAAUUAAUC